AUGUGCAUUUUCAUGACAACCACAACUCUUACCAGCAGACAGAAUCAUCACAUCUGGUGUUUAACGGUAGGCAAGGAAGGAAAGGAGACGAUGACCUCGUACAAGCUAUUUUUGAGUGCAAUAAGCAAGAAAAGUUUAUGGGACUGUCUCUUUCUCGUCGUCUACGCGACCCUCUUGUUUUCUUCGUGGAACUGGCUGAGUUCGAUUGUUGACUGGUACGGAGAGAACCACAAGACAUCAUCUGUUUGGCCUGCGGUUUUCGCUUCGUUGCUUGUUGGAGCAGUGUUCGGAGUUCUGACGAUGGCGGCGGCUCUGUUCAUAGCUGCGCCGGCCAUCGUUGUGAUAUGGACAUCAGUGGUGGUGGCGAUGGCGUUCGCAGGGGAAUCGAGUAGGUGGGUGGUAGUUGAAGGAAGGAAAGCGACGAGAGAGAUCGUUGGGUGUGUGUUUAAGGAUCUACUUAAAGUAGGAAAUGUUGUGGCUCUUCUGUGUGCUCUGCUUGCUUACUUUGUCUUCUUCAGCUCUUACUCUUCCUCCUCAUCUUGCCCUUAGUAUAACAAGAUGCAAAUACGAUAUUCUUCCUUGGAUGGAUGUGUUUUUUUUUUUAUUUCUGAUGUCAGAACGAAUGCUUCCACGUCAUUUGUCUGUAUUGUUUUUUGUUAUUUCUUGAGCACAGUUUCUUAUUUUUGUUGGUCACUCUGUCUUUUAUAUGUCUGUGGUAAAGCUUCUGAACUAUGAUAUGGGGCUUUAGAGCCCAUUGAGCU